AUGCUCUACUCCGGAGCUAAUACAGGCUCACUCGGGGAUAAACACCCAGGGACAAACAAACGUGCAAAGACACUCGAGGGCCUAGCCAGGGCUCGAGUCAGACACAGGAGGGGAACUAGAGCAGGAACGGAAGCAAAAGCAGGAGCAGGAACGCAACAGGAGCGGGAGCAGGAACAACAGGGCAGGAACAGGAACGGAAGCAAGGAACAAACAGGAGCGGGAGCAGGAACACAAACAGGAGCAGGAGCAGGAACAAACAGGAGCGGGAGCAGGAACACACAAACAAGAGCGGGAGCAGGAACACAAGGAGCGGGAGCAGGAACACAAACAGGAGCGGGAGCAGGAACACAAACAGGAGCGGAGCAGGAACACAAACAGGAGCGGGAGCAGGACCACAAACAGGAGCGGGAGCAGGAACACAACAGGAGCGGGAGCAGGAACACAAGCAACACAAACGGAGCAGGACAGCAAAACCAGGAGCGGGAGCAGGAACACAACAGGAGCGGGAGCAGGAACACAAAGCAGGAACGGAGCAGGAGCAGGAGCAGGAGGGCAGGGGCAGGAGCAAACGCAAACAGGAGCGGGAGCAGGAACAAAACAGGCGGGCAGGAACACAAACAGGAGCGGGAGCAGGAACACAACAGGAGCGGAGCAGGAGGAGCGGGAGCAGGAACACAAACAGGAGCGGGAGCAGGAACACAAACAGGAGCGGGAGCAGGAACACAAAACAGGAGCAGGAGAGUGCGAAACUCGUUGGCCGAGCGGCGGGGACGGAAGCGCCGUUCCGGACGUGAUGAAAUGGAACAGAAACAUCACCUCCGCCUCCGCCGGUGUUGUCGGCUCACGGAGAGAUUGGAUUAUCCCAGGGCACUCCGACGCUCGGCGCUUGAUGCUGAGAGGCUGCCAGGGUGUUAG